AUGACUGUUCCUGACAAUUCCUCAAAACCUCAAAUCCAACGGGUCCCAGCCGAUGCAGACCCAAACGCCAUCCGCCAACUCCUCGAAGAGGACGGGGCGGCGAUUAUCGAAGGCGUCUUCUCAGAAGACAUAAUCCAAAGCUUCAACCAGGACCUUAACCCGGCUGCGACAGCUGCAGAAAUGGCAGCCAAGACCAACUACGAGUUCCAGUUCCCACAACAGUCAAAAUAUGUAUUCAACUUGCCUGGAAAAAGCGCUACCUUCCGAAAUGAUAUCCUGAACAGCCCUGUUCUCCACGGCCUUGCCAAGAGUGUCUUCGCAGAGACCGGGGAUUACUGGUUGACAGCGUCAUUCCUGAGAGAGCUUCACGCAGGCCAUAAUCCCCAAGAGCUGCACCGUGACGAGUCAACUCACCCUCUGCUUCGCAGCCUGAAGCUGGGCGCACCACCCCUCGCUAUCAGUUUUAUCCUUGCUCUGACAGACUUUACAAAAGAUAAUGGCGGGACCCGUGUCAUCCUGGGAAGUCACAAAUGGCCAGAGAUCGGGAACCCCAGGCCUGACCAGACAGUGUCAACUGAGAUGAAGGCCGGGGAUGUACUUGUUUUGGCCCAGGGGAUGGUGCAUGGCGGGGGUGCGCACCCUGAGGAUCUGCCUGAGGCGCGACGAGCUGUUUUGGUCUUCUUUAGUAGCUGUCAGCUUACUCCCUUUGAGACCUUUAUGACAAUGCCUCGUGAAAUCGUUGAAACCAUGACCCCUCUUGCCCAACAAAUGAUUGGCUGGAGGUCUGCAAAGCCUGGUCCUCCGAACGUGUCUGGCCUCCACACUUCCGAUUCGAAGCUGCUGGAAGAUGCCCUCCAGUUAAGGGCCAACCAAUCACAGGGAAAAGGACUGUGA